AUUUGAACGUAUUCAUACAAAGAAAGGGAACUACAGUAAGUCACUAGUUUCAAACCAAGAAGAUGUAGAUGAUUUAGCCACCUUGGAGGUACUGGAUGAGAAUACAGUGACAGAGCAGUUGCAGAAGAGUUAUGCCAAGGAUCAGAUCUACACAUAUGUUGGGGACAUUCUUAUAGCUGUCAAUCCAUUUCGGAAUGUAGACAUUUAUUCUUCACAGCAUUCCAAACUGUAUAUUGGAGCCAAACGGACUGCCAACCCUCCUCAUAUUUUUGCUGUUGCUGACAUUGGUUAUCAGUCCAUGGUGACAUACAACUCUGAUCAGUGCAUCGUUAUUUCUGGGGAAAGUGGAGCUGGCAAGACACAAAGUGCCCAUCUUCUAGUUCAGCAGCUCACUGUCCUGGGCAAGGCUAAUAACAGGACUCUACAGGAGAAAAUCCUCCAGGUGAAUAACCUUGUAGAAGCAUUUGGAAAUGCAGGCACUAUCAUCAAUGAUAACUCCAGCAGAUUUGGAAAAUAUUUGGAAAUGAAAUUUACUUGUGGUGGCACUGUAGUAGGAGCUCAGAUUUCAGAGUACCUCCUUGAAAAAUCCAGAGUUGUCCACCAGGCAGUAGGAGAGAAAAAUUUCCAUAUUUUUUAUUAUAUUUAUGCUGGUCUUGCAGAAAAGAAAAAACUGGCACAUUACAAAUUGCCAGAAUAUAGACCUCCCAGAUAUCUGCAAAACGAUCAUUUCAGAAUAGUGCAAGACUUUAUGAACAAUAGCUUUUAUAAGUCGCAGUUCGAAUUAAUUGAACAGUGCUUCAAAGUCAUAGGUUUUACACUGGAGGAACUUGGAAGCGUAUACAGUGUUCUGGCUGCCAUUCUAAAUGUGGGUAACAUUGAAUUUUCUGCAGUGGUAUCUGAACACAUGAUUGACAAGAGCAACAUUUCCAAUCCAGUAGCCCUUGAAAAUUGUGCAUCCUUGCUGUGUAUUCAGGCAGACGAGCUGCAAGAGGCCCUCACUUCUCACUGUGUAGUGACUCGAGGAGAAACAAUUAUUCGUCCCAAUACUGUGGAAAAAGCCACUGAUGUCAGAGAUGCAAUGGCCAAAGCUCUCUAUGGGCGCCUGUUCAGCUGGAUAGUCAAUCGCAUCAACACUCUUCUCAAACCUGACAAACAUUUAAGUGGAAGUGAUGAUGGUUUGAACAUUGGAAUUCUUGAUAUCUUUGGCUUUGAGAAUUUCAAGAAGAAUUCUUUUGAACAACUCUGUAUCAACAUUGCCAAUGAACAGAUUCAGUUCUACUUCAAUCAACACGUCUUUGCCUGGGAACAG